UUCUCUCCCGCCCAAACUUCUCAUCCAGGGGCCUCCUGGAAUGCCAACAAACUAGGGUUUCUGCCUCCAGGAUCUGUAAAUCUUUCAGGAUGUCUUCUUCUCACCUUGCAAUUGGCGGAGGAAUCGUGUCGGAGGAGGAAGAAGAAGAGGAGAUUAUGCGGUUCGUCGAUUCCGCGAGACGGACACUGGCGGAGGAGUUCCGACCAGAAGGCGCGGACGACUCCGAGACAGAAAGCUUCGGUCCCUCGUGGGGCUGGGUCUUCUUUCGGAUAUUGAAGACCUGCGUCGCCUACUCGAGCGGCGUGACUCCCGGAAUCCUUCUAUCCGAUCUCUUUCUGGCCUGGAAUGAGCAGAAUAAAGGAAGGGACUUGACUAAAGCGCUGGAAUUUAAGAUUGACAAGAAAAAGCAAAAUAGAGCAAGGCUUCCAAGGACCAUCACCAUUGACACCAUUUAUGAAAAGAAUUUCCUUUCCUUAGAGAGUACGCUUGAAGUUGUUGUAGUCGAAGCAUUCCUUCUUCCAGGUACCAACAUACAUAUGCUCAGAUUGGGAGAUGCAUGGAGUUCUAACACAAUUGAGCUAUACCUCCAUCACAAGUUCUACGACUUGGUUGAUCCUAUGAACAGCUUACUCAAGAAAGGUAGAGAAAUCUAUCUCACAGGGUGCCAUCUUCGUAAUACUAGACAAGGAUCUGGCCAUCUGCGACUAUUACCCACAGAAUAUCUAGUAAUUAUAUUGGACGAGGACCAAGAUGAAGAUGCAUUAAUUCUAGGAGCUCAGUUCUGCAAUGAUUCUUUCUGUUCUCUUUCUUAUGAUGCAGCCAUGCAUGGGACCAUGUACUCACUCUAUGCAAGGAUUGAAGCAAUUGGGCCAUUAGAGAGUCAUGGCAAGUUUGGCGGGCUUAAAAGGAGACAGAUUACUCUUGUUGAUAAUGAGGGUUAUGAACUAAAAUUUCUUUUGUGGGGUGAGCAGAUUGUUCUUGCUGAUCUCUUCAGUGUUGGAAGUAUGCUGGCGUUGGAUAGGCCAUUUGUUGCUAAUGCCUUAGAAAGCAAUGUGGAAACAACUGCAGAAAUUUGCCUUGAAUAUGGCAGUGCAACACAUUUAUAUUUGUUUCCCUUUCUCCAGCACGAAGAACAGGUAGUUGUGCCCACUCAAAAUAGGUUUAAAGAAGCAUCGGUAUCAGAUACAUUGUUUGAUCACAGUCAGGAGUUUAAAGUUACCCAAGUGACGUUACCUUGUGAUUUUCAAGGAUCUAUUGAUUUCAGUAGCUAUCCUUCACGAUUAUUUGUGGCUGAUCUUGGGGACAAGAUGAACCAUGUCUGCCUUUAUGGUGUUGUUAAGAGUAUUCGUAGAGAAAUUGACAACCCCAGCAUCACAUUCUCAAUGACAAUUGAAGAUGCUACAGGGAGAGUUGUUGUGAAGCUACAUUUUCUUAGAUCUUGGUCAUUAGGGAAGUUGAGCCAUGGCCACACAAUAUUCAUCUCUGGCUUGACAUGCUCAAUGUCACCAAAGAAAUCGCUUGAGGUAUUGUGGUUCGAGAAGGAUACAGGAACCUCUUUGGUAAAUAUCAGUUGCUUGCCCGCUUUGCUGAACUCAACUUGUCUCCAUAAGUUAUCACGCCUUUCAGAACUUCAAUAUCAGGGCAGUGCAACUCAUAUCUGCAGCAUUUGGGUUGAACAAAUAGAAACUCAUCAUGUGAAGUCAAAACUUUUGCAUUCCCUCUGUGGUCAGUACGUGUGCAGCACACCAAGUGGACCUUCCCAAUGUAGUUUCUGCCUUUGUGCUUGUGAAGGAGAAACUUUGCAUGCCUUCCAUGUAUCGGGGAUUCUUGCAGACGACAGUGGUAAAAUUUUCGCACAGUGUUCUGGUCGCACUGCCACGGAGUUGCUACAGAUUUCCCCUGAUGAGUUUUUCGGACUACCAGAGGAUGAACAAAUUAUGUACCUUUACAGUCUCCAAAAUGAAAAAUUCAUGGUAGCAAUAGUGGAGCACGGUCGCCCCAGUUUUGAUAGGCUUGAAGAUAAUUUGGGACCGGAAGAUGAUGUUAGGUGGGAGAUAGUACGAGCACUGAAGUGCGACUAAACUUUUUGUUGCAAAUGUGAGGCUUCUCUCUUAUGCAGAUUAGUAGUGAUAUGAUAUUAGCUGUAACAUCAUUUGGUUUCGAUUAUAACUGAGAUGACCUCAAAAUUUGUUGUAAAUAUGCGAUAAGCAACUAUGAGCUGUUCCUUGAGAAUUCUUGCUUCUCUUGAUUGAAGCUUUUCGCUCACUGCAGAUUAUUAUUAGGUUAUUUCUUUGAUCUGUAAUGCAAAUAUAUGUUUCAAUAAUUA